CUCCAUAAAAACCUCCACGCACCUAGCUUUACUCACCAUUCCAUUCCUCUGUUUCUCUGUCCCUUAGGUUCUUCUAACACCCUCCCUUCCAUUGUCUCACCCUAAACAGGAAAAACUCUUCUACAAUCAGAAUUUGCUGUGACAGGUUAUGAACUGAAAUUUGUCGAAAAAAAUGAAGUUUAUGAAGCUUGGGAACAGACCUGAUUCCUUCUUCACCACUGAAGCAAUCAGGUCUGUUUCAUCUGAGGUCUCCACUGACCUCAAAAUCCAGGUGCAGAAGAGCUUGUAUCACCUGCACAGGUUUCCCCUUCUGUCGAAGUGUCUCAGGCUGCAGCAGCUUUGCUCGGAGCUCAGCGCCGGCGAGGUCGCCGUCGUACGUCUGUCGGAGUUCCCUGGAGGGGUCGAGGCGUUCGAGGUCUGCGCCAAGUUCUGCUACGGCAUCACCGUCACCCUCAGCGCGUUCAACAUCGUCCCCGUGUGGUGCGGCGCUCACUACCUGGGGAUGAGCGAGGACGCCGACCGCGGCAACCUCCUCGGAAAGCUCGACGUCUUCUUCCGCUCCUGCAUCCUCCGCCGGUGGAAGGACACGCUGGUGGCGCUGCAGAGCACGCGGCAGCACGCGCCUGCCCUCUGCGAGGAGCUCGGCGUCACCGGCCGCUGCGUCGACGCCGUCGCCACCGCCGUCAUCGCCAAUCCCCUCACCACCAGGUGGGCCAACGACCUCAGCGAACUCUGUGUCGACCACUACUGGCGAGUCAUGGUCUCCGUCAAGUCCGCUGGGAUCGUCCCCGCCAAGCUCGUCGGCGAGGCGCUGCGUCUCUACGCGCACCGGUGGCUCCCGAUCGACGACGACGGCGGCCGAGACGCCACCGCGAAGCAGAAGCAGGUGAUGGAGAAGAUAACGAGCUUGCUGCCGCCGGAAAAAGGCUCCGUUUCCUGCAGUUUCUUGCUCGAGCUUCUCAAAGCCGCAAACUUUCUCCAAGCUCCCGCUCCAUUGAAGCUUGAAUUGGCCAGAAGAGCCGGACUGCAAUUGGAAGAAGCAACCGUCGACGAUCUCUUGAUCCCAUCAAACUCCGGCGACACAUUAUACGAUGUGGAUUUAUUAAUGUCCAUACUGGACGAGUUCUUGCUUCAGGGCCAGAGCCCCACAACCACUCCUCCGAGAGAGAAGCUCAAGUGCGAGAGGCGGCGGUCGCGAUCGGCCGAGAAGGCCGACUUCGAAGGCCGGCGAUCCUCCUCCUCGGCCUCGCACAGCUCCAAGCUGCGAGUAGCCAAGCUCAUCGAUGGCUACCUCCAAGAAAUCGCCAAAGACAAGAACUUGACCAUGGAGAAGCUAAUUGCUGUUGCUGAAGCUGUUCCAGAUUUCGCCAGGGUCGAUCACCAUGAUCUCUACAGAGUCGUCGACAUCUUCCUCAGGUCCCACCCUGAGCUCGACAAGAAUGCAAGGAAGCAACUGUGCAGAAUGUUGGAUUGCAAGAAGCUCUCCGUCGAGGCCUGCAUGGAGGCAGCACAGAAUGAGCUGCUUCCUCUGAGGGUGGUGGUGCAGGUCUUGUUCUUCGAGCAAUCUCGGGCGGCCAUGUCAGGUUGCCAGGUCGCUGAGUUGCCUGGCAACAUCAAGGCCCUGCUGGCUAAGACCGCCGAAGACGAAGACGACGAAGCAGUAAAAAAGCUUCACCACAUUGGCACUGAUACUCCAUUGGAAGAACAUUGGAGAAUCUCCCGGUUGAAAUGUCCAACCGCCAAAUUCGAAACUCUCAAGAUGAAGCUCGCCGAGGAGGAGGAGGACGACAAUGAGAUCGCUCUCUUGAGGAGUGCUUCUUCGCGACUCCGAGCCCUGUGCUCACUUCCAAAGAAACCUAAAAGAAUCAUCAGUAAAUUCUUAGCUAUGAACAGACGUGCAAGUCAGAGGCAAUGAUCAAUAAACUAUAUCACAAAUCUUGUGUAUCUGUGGCUUUUCUUUGCUAAGCAAACUGUAGUCUAUAGCUAAUUAUGGCAUAAUUGAAUAUAUUAGAAGCCAAGAAUAGCCAUCAUUAGAUGCGAUUCACAUGAAUGGAGAUUAUUCUCAUCA